CAUGGGAAUCACAAACAUCCACCAUGGCGAAUAGUAGUUUUCUCAUCCUGUUCUUGGCUUGCUUGCUCGUCUUGUUGGUGUUAGCUCCAGGGAUGGCGGAGGAUGACUACAAGAAAAGCUCCAGAGGUCCUUCAACGAGUAGCUCUCACUCCCAUGUCUCUGGCCGCCAUGGGUCUGGAAGUGGCUAUGGAUUUGGAUCUGGUUCCGGCCAAGACGCGAGAAGCGGGAGUGGAAGCUAUGCUUCGUCUGGCUCGCACAAACACAAGUCAUCCUCCAGUAAUCACCACCACGGUGGUGGCAAAAGUGGAGGUGGUGGUGGUGGAUUUGGGUCUGGUUCUGGCGCUGGAUCUUCUGGAUCAGGAUAUGGCUAUGGCUAUGGGAGUGGCUCUGGAGGUGGCUCUGGAUAUGGUUAUGGCUAUGGAUCUGGAAGCUCGGGUCCUGGUCACAAACAUUAAAACGUGAUCACUUUAUAGUACCAAGUAGAAGCACUAAUGACUAAAAUAUAGCUACUUUUGAUUCCAAUAUAAAAGUUCCUGAUGUUUC